UGUCAAAUGUCAAUGCUAAAAUUAGCCCAGUCGAUGAAUUCAUAAUUUUUUCGUUUCUAUGUUUGUUUUGAGUCACAAACAUUAGAAAAUAAUAUAAUGCAAAUUAUGAGAAGGUUUUGUAAGAUUUCUACGCCAAGUGUAAAUGUUUGCUGUCAUAAAAACCCGAUUAGGUUACAUGUUCGAUACAGUGCCUCAGUGGGAUGUGCAAGUUACAGGAAAUUCUCUCCUAUUCUUACAAUUAUCCGAAAUUUAGGCCUGGGACCAACCUCAAAAGACUUCGAGGAGACCACUCAGAUCUCAGGGCCUCUGACGAAAUUGCACGCGACAGAGCUUGUUUUACGAUUAAACGAUGAAGAAAGAAAAAUGUUAUUCAAUGCAUUGGAAGAAUUCGCAUCAAAUAAAAUUAAAGAGGAAUUUGAAGAUAAAUUGGCUGGUCAGAGGUGGAGGUCCAAGCUGGGGCGACCUAGCAAAGUGCCCACGUUAGGUGAUGUUGAUCCCACAGGCUGCUAUUGCCCAGUCCCAGAGGACUGGUUGAAGAAAAAGUAUGCUGCUAGUGUCCCAAAGCCAAGUACUAAAGAGUUAUUCCACUUGUCACUAGCAAACUCUAUACCCUUCAUUGGCUUUGGUUUCUUGGACAAUUUCAUCAUGAUUAUUGCUGGUGACAGAAUAGAGAGCAGCUUGAGUGCAUACAUCACUCUGUCGACGAUGGCGGCCGCGGCGCUGGGCAACACGUUCAGUGACGUCAUCGGCAUCGGCUCGUCAUACUACGUGGAGCGCGCCGCCGCCAUGGUGGGGCUGGGCGCGCCCGCGCUGUCGCCCGUGCAGCUCGAUAUGCCAAUCAGUCGACGAUUCUCCAACAUGGGUCGAGUACUAGGCAUCACAGUUGGCUGUUUCCUGGGCAUGACGCCGCUGCUGUUUAAAGACGACGAGAAGAAACCUGACACCAAACAAACUUCAAACACUUGAACUAUGAACACCAAACUAGUAAUGUAAGAUUGACCUAGCUUUAUUACUUAUAAUUAGUAGUUUUCUAAGGAUUAUUAUCAACCUGUAUUAUAUAUUUAUCACACAUAUCUGGAUAUUAUUGUAUUUUGUAUUUAUUUAUGUACUUAGCACAAGUAAUAAAAAUGCUUCGACCUGUAUAGUGUAAAUAUACUAGUGACAUAUUUGAAAUACAAUAUUCGUGAUACGUGGCGCAUUGGCAUUCUAUGUCUACUUAGCUGACUGAAAAACAAUCUAGAAACGCGUUAGCGACACAUGCAAGUACGCUGAAAGAGGUGUUCCAUACAGAAUGACAGUCAUUUUUGUUGUCAAUGCAAAGCGCCUCACCAAGAGCCAUCCAAGAAUCUAAGUUCGCAAAUGGUCCUCAUGUUGACACUAUGUAAACAGAUAUCUCAUCACUAACACUUAGUUACGAGUAAGAUCACAUUACGCUUGCUGUUGCUAAUGGCGAAAAUCAAGUUGCCUCAAAACAGGUCGGCAAUAGCAGGUCCAGCAUACUAGUAUUGGUUAGUACAGGUCAGUGAACGCGCUUUUCACGCGACGAUCAUACUUGCCGCGAACUAACAAUCAAACCAACCAAUACAGCGUGAGGCAAUGUGCGUGACUUAUGGGUUUCUGUAAGUUUUCCGCAUGUUUUUAUCUUUUAAGCCAGCUAAUGUACCUUAUAACUAUUAAGCUAAGCUAAGAACAGUUCUGUAUUUAAUAUGGCUAUAUAGAGUUACACUGGUGUUUUGUCUAGAAAUUAUUGAUUGAACGCGGCACGCUUCAAAUUGUUCAGUAGCGUCGCAUAUUAACAGUAUGUUUCCACCUUGCAAGUAUAUUGAGCCAACAGCACAUUUAAAUCUUAGCUAUAAAGUGCAUCAAUAAAAGGAUGUGUAACCAGGCUUAAAAAUAUCGUUCAAAAUAAUUUAAAAAAUUGCAAAAAAAUAUUUUUCGUGUUUUUUAAAUUUUUUUAUUUGUAGCAAAAUAAAAUUGAUAUUUUAAUAUAUUGAUAUUUAAACAUUUCUAAUUUACCAGUAGCUCGAUUCCGUAAAACCUGCAUAAAUCAUUAUUACAAUCGCGAUUGUUCAUUAACUUUUACUAUUCUUGUUAUAACAAUAGUGAGUGCAUUGUAGCUAAUAGUGAGUGAGCGUCAACCAAUCACUGAAGUGAUUGCGAUCGGAACAUUAUAGAUGUCAUUCUAACGCAACCGAGCUGCAGGUAUACCUGUAGGAACGCUAUUUAGUAAUUUUAUAAAAACUAAAAUUAGUGCCAUUCCUUUUAAAAUAUUUUACUAUGGCUCGAUUUUUUAAUGUUUACAAUUUAGUUAAGUUAAAAAUUUACGAUAUAUUUAUGGCCUCGCAAAGUGUAGUUGUAGUGAAAAAUUUUGAUGUUCUCUUCGCACACUAUAAAAUUAUUCUAUACUCGUUUUCUAACUCCGCCUCGAACGGAUUGUAUCAAACGGAUCGUUAGUAGGCAAUAGAUACAUCUUCUGUAUCCGCAAUAAGAGUGCGGUCCGUGUGAUGCUAAUCAAUGCAUCCAGUUGUAUAUCAAAAUCCGUUGCGUCCGAUGCGUGCGAGGCGGAACUGUAGACAUUUACUUAGACAACUAGACAAAGAAACAAAACUGUAAAAUCUGCUUGAUGCGAUCCUUCCGGCCACUUAUCUCAGUACGGUCAUUGCGUGCUGCUGACGUCACUCGCAUGAUCUGUGAAAACUGCGUUACAUUCGGCGCGUGCGCUUCGCUCCUAGUGUACAUACUUGUCUCAGAUUCACGCACGCAAUAAAAAACAAUGUGACUUAUGACUAGUCUAUAAUAAAUAAUGUAUAUCUAUGUAAGUAUAAGCUAUUGAAGAGUGAGAAGUUUCUAUUAAACUAAGCAAAAUGUAUACCUAGUUAUUUAUAACCUAAAAAUGGCAGACGAGUCGCCAAGAUAUUUAGCGUCAUGGAAUGGCGAGGUUCAGAUGUCUAUUAAUAGGUUCUAUGCGUUUAAAUUGAGAAGACCAUUGGCAAGGUAUUCCAAUCUUACUACCGGAAACAAAAAAUCACUUGAUUUUUAAUAUGUGUGUUUUUUUUAAACCGUCCAUUCUGCCAGAGCCUUUUUUCCACGCACU